AAUCACAUUCCAGUAUCGGCGAUAAUCACCAAUAUUUCCGAAGCUUAUCGGAAAAAGAAGAGAAAAAAUCGGAUGAACGUAUUCCAUAUUGGAAAUUGCUUAAGCGAAUUUUAAAGUUGACAAAACCGGACUGGUGUAUUAUGGUUGUGGCCACCUGUAGUUCAUGCUUCAUUGGCGCCGCAAUACCAAUGUUUGCAAUUUUGUUUGGUGAAGUCUUUGGUUCAUUGUCAGAAAAUGUGGAUGAGGCCAAGGAUUCCGUGCGCAUCAUUUGUAUAGCGUUCUUGAUUAUGGGCGUGAUUAUAUUCAUUACCGGAUUGGCUCAGUCAUACUUUUAUUUAAAGGCCGGUGUUAAUUUAGCAACGCGAAUUCGAUCAAUGACGUUCGCGCAUUUGAUGCAACAAGAAAGCGGCUGGUUUGACGAGGAAAAGAAUUCGUCUGCAAUGCUUUCAACACGACUUACAUCUGACGUGGGUAAUUUGCAAAGUGCCAUUGGAUUUCCCAUCAGCAGUAUCGUCCAGAUGAUUCCCACAUUCCUGGUCGGAGUAGCAGUAUCACUGUUUUACUCCGUACAAUUGUCGUUGGUCACCUUGAUUUCAACUCCGUUUACAUUUUUAGCCGUUUUGCUGGAGGCUAAGCAGACGUCCAGAAUGGUUAAGGAAAUGGAGUCUACAGAAAUUGUAACAAAAAUUGCAACCGAAGCCAUCACUAACAUUCGAACAGUGGCCAGUUUAAGACAAGAAAAGUACAUGAUUGAGCGAUAUGUAACCGAAUUUACCAAAGUGGCGUCAAUCACUCGAAAAAGAAUCGCAUGGCGUGGUUUUGUCUACACAAUUUCACAGACAAUACCAUUCCUCGGCUAUGCUAUCACACUAUGCUACGGUGGAUUUAUGGUCGCUGACAAAGAAAUUCCUUUCAAAGACAUUAUCAAAAUUUCAGAAGCGCUAUUGUACGGAAUAGCUGUAAUAGCCCAAACAUUAAUCUUUGUGCCGGAAAUUACAACAGCUUUUGUUGGAGCGCAUCGUAUAUUUCAAAUAAUUGACCGCGAAUCAAUGAUCUCUUCACCCAUUUCCGCCAACACAUACCAAAAAUCCGAUGACAAAAACAAUGACAUUGCUUAUAAAAAGAUCGAUUUUCAUUAUCCGACCAGACCCGAUGUGCAAAUACUCACGGACUUCAAUUUGAAUGUGAUCGAAGGAAAGACGAUAGCUUUGGUUGGCCCGUCUGGAUGUGGAAAAACAACUUGCAUACAGCUAUUGCAACGAUUGUACGAUCCCGAACACGGUCAAAUUCACAUUGGUUCAGAUGACGUACACCGAGAUAUAUCACUCCAAGACUUGAGAUCGAAACUGAGCAUUGUCUCACAAGAGCCUGUGCUAUUUGAUAAAACAAUAGCCGAAAAUAUUGCUUAUGGAGAUAAUUCACGAGAAGUGACAAUGGACGAAAUAAUGAAUGCUGCGCAGUUGGCCGACGCACACGAGUUUAUCACACAAUUGCCAUUGGGCUACGAAACAAAUGUAGGAAGUAAAACAGCCCAAUUAUCCGGAGGUCAGAAACAAAGAAUAGCCAUUGCUCGUGCCUUGGUUAGAAAUCCAAAGAUUCUUUUGUUGGAUGAAGCCACAUCCGCUUUAGACUUUCAAAGUGAACAGGUGGUUCAACAAGCCAUCGACUCGGCCCGAUCAGGUCGCACAUGUUUGGUGAUCGCUCAUCGCUUGAGCACCGUUCAAAAUGCCGAUGCGAUUUGUGUUCUACGCGGUGGCAACAUCGUUGAGUAUGGAACUCACAACGAACUUCUGUCAUUGGGUGGCAUUUACACUCGAUUAUACAAUGCACAGAUAUGAUUGCGCAAAAUUCCGGAUAAUAAACAAUCAAAUUGUUAAACAGUGGUGUUUCUUUAAUAAUAAAAUUGCAUCGGGC